AUGUUCCAGCUGAGAUCCGUUUGCCUGCUGCUUGCCUUUGCCCUCAUUGCCCUGUUCCUGGGCGGCACGGAGGCCCUGCCACGGCCCCAGGAGGAGCGCGACCAGGGCGGAGACCUGGAGGCCGGAGCCGCUGCUGUCGAAGCCGAGGAGAAGGACCUGGAGGGAGCCUCCUCGUUCGGCUACGGCUACUACUCGUCGCCCUAUCUCGGGGGAUACUACGGCGGUGGCUACUGGCCCCACUACAGCGGUGGCUACUACGGACUAGGCUAUCCCUACUACGGCGGCUACUAUGGACUGCAUCAUCAUCAUGGCCACUACGGACACUACUACUAA